AUGUAUAAAUUUAUAAAUGGAGUCUUUUGUAUUUAUGAUAUUUACAGAAUUUGCAUUAAAUAAUUAAAAAGAUUUAUUUAGAGUUUUGAAAUGGGAAAAUUUUUAAAGCCAGGACGUUUGAUUGUUAUGCUUGCAGGUAGAUAAGCUGGAAAAAAAGCAAUUUUAAUUAAGGCUAAUGAGGAAACUACAAAAGACUGCAAAUUCCCAAAUGGUUUGGUUGUAGGAAUACAAAGAUAUCCAAGAAAAGUAACAAAGAGAAUGGGAUAAAAAUAAAUUAGAAAGCGAACCACAUUAAAAGUGUUCAUUAAACAAUUAAAUUUAAAUCAUAUAAUGCCAACAAGAUAUAGAUUAGAAGAAUCAACAUUGAAGGAAGUCAGAGAUAGAAUUGAGAGAGUCAAAGAAUCUGAAUUGAAGAAUGUUGAAAAAAGAAAGGAAUUGAGAAAGAAUUUGAGAAAGUAUUUGGCUGAAAAGUACAGAACCUUACCAGCUGGAAGUUUGGCAGAUAAAAAAGCUUAAUCAAGAUUCCUAUUUUCUAAGUUGAGAUUCUGAUAUAUUAAAAGUAUAGUAAACAUUUAAGAUA